GACGUAAAACGACGAUGUCACAAAUGAAUUAGAGGUUAUAUACAACGACCUUUUCUUUCAGUCAAGAAGCAAACGAACAACUGAAUAUCGUGAUCAUUUUUUGCGAUUUCGAUAAAAAUGUUAACAAAAUCGUGCCGAUUAUUACAAAAGUUAUGUGGAGAUUCUCAGAAAUUAAAGGGAUUCUCUGCCAAAAAUGGAUAUUCAACAGCAGCUACUGCAACAUUUGAAACAAAACCAUUUAGGCUGCAUAAAUUGGAAGAAAGCCCAUCAACUUCUGUUACAUUAUCCAAAGAAGAUGCCAUAACUUAUUACUCACAAAUGCAUACUAUUAGGCGUAUGGAAACAUCUGCUGGUAGUUUAUAUAAGGAAAAAAUUAUUAGAGGAUUUUGUCAUCUUUAUUCAGGACAGGAAGCAGUAUGUGUAGGAAUAAAAGCAGCUCUUCGACCAAAUGACGCUGUUAUCACCGCAUAUAGAGCUCAUGGUUGGACUUAUGUAAUGGGCGUUUCUGUUCAAGGAGUUUUGGCGGAAUUAACAGGUAGACAAAGUGGUUGUUCACGUGGAAAAGGAGGCUCCAUGCACAUGUAUGGAGAUAAUUUUUAUGGUGGAAAUGGAAUAGUAGGAGCACAAGUACCUUUAGGAGUUGGUAUAGCAUUUGCCUUAAAAUACCAAGGAAUCGAUGGGGUUUGCGUUAGUUUAUACGGUGAUGGUGCCGCUAAUCAAGGACAGGUGUUUGAAGUUUAUAACAUGGCGAAACUUUUAAACAUUCCAUGUAUAUUUGUAUGUGAGAAUAAUGGAUAUGGGAUGGGCACAAGCGCUGAACGUGCUGCAGCUAGUACAGCUUAUUACACAAGAGGUGAUUAUGUCCCAGGAAUUUGGAUUGAUGGAAUGGAUGUUUUAGCUGUAAGAGAAGCUGCUAGAUAUGCAGUGAAUCAUUGCACUUCUGGGAAAGGACCUAUUGUACUUGAGGUUGCCACAUAUAGAUAUUCUGGUCAUUCCAUGUCGGAUCCAGGCACAAGUUAUAGAACACGUGAUGAAAUUCAAGAAGUACGACAAACUAGGGAUCCUAUUACCUCAUUUAAAGAGAAGAUUUUAACCGCUAAUUUGGUGACGCCUGAAGAGUUAAAGAAAAUUGAAACGGAAAGUAGGGCAAUGGUUGAUGAAAUAACCAAAAAAGCUAAAGCUGAUAAAGAAGUCGAUCUUGACGAGUUAAGCGCUGAUGUUUACUCAGUUAACCUUGAAGAAAAAAUUAGAAAUAUAACUCCAUUUGAACCGCUCCAACAUAAACGAAUUGGUCCUGCUGUAAAUAUGUAAAAUGUUUCCUGUAAAUACUUUAUAAUUUAUGUUCUUUUAAUUAAUUAAAAUUGAUAAUAUUAUAAAUAAACCAUUAAUUAAUUA